CCAUUUCGGUGCAGGUUAAGGGUAAUGCUACUUAGCACAUAAUAUCGCACCCAACACACCAGGCAAACCUGAAAUGCUUCGCUACUGCUUAUGGUGAAUGUCCUGAUGAAAACAAAAAUCUAUUUAAAGCUUGUUUGGCUGGCGAUGCCACCUACUUCAGGUUAUUUUGAAAAACUCUGGCUAAAUCUAACAAAUAGGUUCUAAAUCUGAAAUCCAAGUAACGUUAUAGUUAAUUAGGUAAACAACCAUGUUAUCCUGGUGUUUUUCUUUUCCAUUAUGUCGACAGCGAAGGUCCAACGCUGGACACAAGCGCCCAAGUAAGUUUGCUAGCAAGCUAAUUAUCCUUGCAGGCUAUAGUGAAGGUUAACAAAAUCACACGACACAAAUCUUUGCCUGCGGUCAUCAUCAGACACGAGUGAUAUAUCUGGCCAUUAAAGAGAAAAUACUCAUUAUUUUGCCUAUUAUGGGGUUUCAUUCAUUAUGUUUUGAGAUGUCAGUUGAGCAGCUGGAUUGCAGCUUAAGUGUGGGCAUGUUUGCUAACGUGCUAGCACAUCUGGCUAGCAAGCUAACAAUCUAGGAAAAUUACAAAGCUAGCAGGGAAAAAAGACUUUGAUAUAAACUGUUAUGUUGUAUGAACCAAAUGUCAUGCAUUUAGGGAAACAUUUGAUAUAUUCUACUGAAAAGUUAAAUAUUUGUGGGUGGGGGCAGACUAGGUAAACAGAGCAGUUAUCCAGCUACCGUGGUCAUCUGGUUAGCUUUCUGUAACGUUAACUUAGUGAGGCUGGACACCAAUUACUUUGUCAAACUUGAAGCCCAACGGUUUAGAAGCUAGUUCUACCCUCCUUAUAUCCCAUUCUUAGUUCUCUGGCAGUCAUUCACUUAUUCACUGGCUGGCUAACGAUGAAAGCCUCAUUUUAAAGAUCUUAUAGAUCGUAAUGGCAGAGUAACGUUAGUCAAUACCACAGCUCAUCUCUUAUUCUUUGAGCAUUACACAAAUGCUCCUCCAUGCAUAAAAGGAUGGAUACCAUGGUUUGGUGCAGCUUUAGAAUUUGGCAAAGCUCCUUUGGAAUUCAUAGCUGAAGCAAGAGCUAAGCAUGGUCCAGUCUUCACUGUAUGUGCUGCUGGCAAGCGCUUGACCUUUGUCACUCUCCAUGAGGACUUUCGCACCUUCUUCAUGUCCAAAGACGUGGACUUUGAGCAGGCAGUGCAGGAGCCUUGCUACAACACAGCAUCCAUCAGCAAAGAGAGUUUCUUCAAGUUCCACCCGGCAUGCAACGCUCUGAUCAAGGGCAGGCUGACCCCGGGGAACUCCGCCAUGUUGGCCAACCACCUGUGUGAGGAGUUCAACGAGCACCUGGAACUGCUUGGGGACAGUGGGACCAAAUGUCUCAGUGACCUGGUCAGGAGUGUCAUGUACCCAGCAGUUAUGAGCAACCUGCUGGGGAAGUGUAAUUCACCGCAGCAGAACAACUCCAUGAAGGAAUUCAAGGACAAGUUCGCCGUCUACGACGAAGGCUUUGAAUACGGCUCUCAGCUCCCUGACUUGUUUUUGCGGGAAUGGGCAAAUGCCAAGAACUGGUUAUUAUCACUGAUGAGGAACAUGGUGGUCAGAGCAGAGGAGGGUGAAGACACUGACACAGGCAGAAAGACUUUGCUGCAGCAUCUAGUUACAACGAUAACGGACAAGUUCCUUCCCAACUUCGGCCUUCUCAUGUUGUGGGCAUCCCUGGCUAAUGCAAUACCUAUAACAUUUUGGGCUGUUGCCUUCAUGAUGUCCAAACCCUCGACCUACAAGAAAGCCAUGGAGCAGAUAAAUGCAACACUAAAAAAUCAAGACACUAAGAACACCAGUGUGACGCUGGAGGACCUGCAGGAGAUGCCGUAUGUGAAGUGGUGCAUCCUGGAGGCCAUCCGGCUCCGGGCCCCUGGUGUCAUCACCCGCAGGGUGGUGCGGCCGCUCAAACUGCAGAACUACACUAUUCCUUCAGGAGACUUGCUGAUGGUGUCUCCCUACUGGGCACACCGAAACCCAGAGUACUUCCCUGACCCAGAGGAGUUUAAGCCAGAACGAUGGGAGAAGGCAGAUUUAGUAAAGAAUGUAUUCCUGGAAGGGUUCGUGGCAUUUGGAGGAGGCAAAUACCAGUGCCCAGGAAGGUGGUAUGCAAUAAUGGAACUGCACAUGUUUGUGGCCAUGAUUCUCUACAAAUUUGACUUUACUCUUUUGGAUCCUUUGCCCAGUCCGAGUCCACUUCACCUGGUGGGCACACAGCAACCUGAGGGACCAUGCACAGUGGAGUACAGGCGCCGGUAGUGUGUCGCCACCACCACCACCAGGGGGCGCUGUACCACACGCUCCCAUCCAGAACAACACAGCUAACUAAGACUAACCACAGAUAGGACCUCUACAACAAAGGCAAUACUAAUGUUUUGGAAAUCCAGUUAAUAAAGCAUCCACAGUGGUGCCUUUUUAUAUGA